AUGACAACGGCACACAGACCCACGUUCGACCCAGCACGAGGCAAAGAAGCCGCGCGCGGAGAGGCAUAUCAUCAGCGAUUACUACCAGCACACAAGACCCUCAAGUUCCGACAAGCGACCCAAGGAGCGCCAGACGAGCAGGCAAGGCGCGACCUAAGAGCGGAGCUCUUCAAAAACGAAGCGAAGCAUUUUGCAAAGAAGGAAGGGCGCGACAUUACCGAAGACGAUGAGGAUGAUGUACCGCAAAAAGAACCCCUACAACUUGAAGCACGCGAAAGCUCAAGUGGAGGCGCCAAGCGAAGACUAGACCAUGAGCCAGGAGCAGACGGUGACCCGGACGAAGACUACGAGUCGAAGAAGCGGCGAGUUUUGGAGGAGACCCGCGACAUCGAUGCAGAUUCAGAAUCUUCAGAAGAGUCAGAAUCAGAGGACGAAGACGAUGAGGAAGACGAAUCAGCAGAGUUGAUGCGCGAGCUGGCAAAGAUUAAGGCAGAGCGCGCUGAGGCAGCCGCAAAGGCUGCAGCGGAGCAAGCGAAGAAAGACGAGGAACAACGAGAGAAGGACAUAGCGCUGGGGAAUCCGCUACUGAACCCGCACAAGGAGGAGUAUGGCGUGAAAAGGCGAUGGGAUGACGAUGUGGUAUUCAAGAAUCAGGCGAGAGGAACGGAGGCGAGAGGAAAAGAGAAGCGGUUUGUCAAUGAUUUGCUGAGAAGUGACUUCCACCGACGGUUCAUGGACAAAUAUGUGCGGUAG